CGCCGUUCUCCCUCUCGCUUUGGAUCUUCUCCUCUUGACUGCGCUUGAAUUUCGCACUUGUUUCUCUUGGAUUUUCACGUUAUAUCAAUUCGUGCAAGAUUCUUCUACCUUUCGAUGUACAUCUAGUUUGAAAUUGUCUACCUUCUGAGGGUUUGAAGCGAGGAUUAGAGACUUACAAUUGAUUUGUGGACUAGUUAGUGAAUGUGGUUGCGUGCGGGAGGUGGAGCUCAGGAAGCGUGCCUGCUUGGGAGUUGGAUGCACUGGAUUGGAUGCAGUUCGUAGCAUUGGUGAGAGGAUAGUUGUACAGGAGUUGGUUGUGGUGUUGGGAAGCGGAUUGCUAUUGGUUAUUGGUGAAGUUUUUGUGUGAAGAGUCUUCAAAAUGCAUGCGUCGAAUCUUUUGAAGGCCGUGUUGAAGCCUCGCACGUUGUCUGCUGCCUCGAGGCAGCGAUCUGUGAGUGAUGGUGGCCGGGAGCGUCGUUCUUUGUCGCCUGAUAAUCGUCUUCCUCCCCCUGUUCUUGCGGCCAGGAAGGCGGCGAGUGUUGCCCCUGUCGUGAAGAAGAUGACUUGUAUGUGCUCUCCGACCAAUCAUCCUGGGUCGUUUCGUUGCCGGUAUCACAGGGAAAUGGCUGCGAAGGCUGCUUCGGCAGCAGUUUCUUUUCCUAGGGGGAGGAGCCCGGCACCAGCACGCCCAUCGACUAAGUCGGUUGGUGGCGAUGCGCAAAGCAAUAUUAUAUUUAGCGAAGUGAAUCGAACUCUGCCGGGACGUGCGUCUCAUAUUUCGAGGAGUCCUACAGGAAGGACAAGCAGGCUGCAGAAGAUGACCAUGGGCACUGGCUUUGAGGAAGAAGAAGAACUUACAUGCUCGAUUUCGGAUGAUGUGCUGACGAAUUCAAACGCACUAUCUAGCAUGCGAAGAUUGUCCCCUUCGAACGGGACGCGGACAUCGAUGUCCUCAUUUAAUGCUGAUGUUCAUCGAGAAAAUCCUACAAUGUUUUGUCAAAGUACUUCUAGAGUUGCCUUAGAUGUUUUUAGUCGCAGCAUGAGCAAAAUGUAUCUAUGAUAGCACGUCUGGGUGUGCGGAUUUAUUUGCAAUAGUCUCUCUGGGUACACUGAGGCUUUGUGUAGCAGUUUCUUAUGUUACUCGAAGGGGCUCUGUAUAUAUAUCACCUGGGAGUUGGAGAACGAGGAGCGUCCUGGGAUCGCUCAAAAUAUAAACUGUGAAGACUGUAUAUUAUGAUUUUUUCUUUUGUACUACGUAGAAUUUCUGGGAGGACGCAAUAGUUUUCCUUUUGAAACCUUAUAGACAAUAUAGUGAACUUGGGCUCUAGCGAGGAGUCGGCAAAUAUCUAGAAUGAUGACGAGAUCCUCUAUGGUCGAAUGAGUACCUCUCUGUUGGAGGGGAUUAGGGAGAAUGCAUCCCUUGUGGACGAAGGAACGGAGAAUUAUUACAUGCUUGAGAACCAUUCAUGCACUUCGACAAUGUUUCUUUGUUGGCGUGCAAUGGCCAGUGUCUACCUUGUUGCCUGCAACUCGUUCACUGUUGUGUUUACUCA